CGUUCGCGAAAAUUCCUGAAGCGGCCCCGGCGGCUUCCGGAAGCCAGCCGCGGCCUGUCCAGGAGCGCCGGCGAUUGGCGUGGUGAUUCCCUCUUAGUCCCGGCGGUGUGCGUUUCACCUAGGCAACGGAAUGGCGCUUCUGUGUUACAACCGCGGCUGUGGCCAGCGUUUCGACCCCGAGGCUAACGCGGACGAUGCUUGCACAUACCACCCAGGUGUACCUGUAUUUCAUGAUGCCCUAAAGGGUUGGUCUUGCUGUAAGAGAAGAACAACUGAUUUCUCUGACUUCUUAAGCAUUGUAGGUUGCACAAAAGGUAGGCAUAACAGUGAGAAGCCACCCGAGCCAGUCAAGCCUGAAGUCAAGACUACAGAGAAGAAGGAACUGUCUGAAUUAAAACCCAAAUUUCAGGAACACAUCAUUCAAGCCCCUAAACCAGUAGAAGCAAUAAAAAGGCCAAGCCCAGAUGAGCCAAUGACAAACUUGGAAUUAAAAAUAUCUGCCUCCCUAAAACAAGCGCUUGAUAAACUUAAACUGUCAUCAGGGAAUGAAGAAGAAAAGAAAGAAGAAGACAGUGAUGAAAUUAAGAUUGGGACUUCUUGUAAAAAUGGAGGGUGUUCAAAGACAUACCAGGGUCUACAGAGUUUAGAUGAAGUCUGUGUAUAUCAUUCUGGAGUACCUAUUUUCCAUGAGGGGAUGAAAUAUUGGAGCUGUUGUAGAAGAAAAACCUCAGAUUUUAACACAUUCUUAGCCCAAGAGGGCUGUACAAGAGGGAAACAUGUGUGGACUAAAAAAGAUGCAGGAAAAAAGGUUGUUCCAUGUAGACAUGACUGGCAUCAGACUGGGGGUGAAGUUACCAUCUCCGUGUAUGCUAAAAAUUCACUGCCAGAACUCAGCCAAGUAGAAGCAAAUAGUACACUGUUAAAUGUUCACAUUGUAUUUGAAGGAGAGAAAGAAUUUCAUCAAAAUGUGAAACUGUGGGGUGUGAUUGAUGUCAAACGAAGUUAUGUAACCAUGACUGCAACAAAGAUUGAGAUCAUUAUGAGAAAGGCAGAGCCCAUGCAGUGGGCGAGUCUUGAACUGCCUACAACCAAAAAGCAGGAGAAAAAGAAGGAAGAUAGUGCACAUUGAUUGGAAGAGAAACAGAUAGCUCUUGUCUGUUUUAGAGUUCUUAACGUGUGUGGUGAAAUAGUAGCUUGCUGCUGUAAUCCUUUUGUUGUUUUUUAAUCUGCCCUUUUAGAGUUAUCAUGAGGUUCUUCAAAGCCAAAGUCUGUUAAUUUUUUGUGCCUCUAUCUUCCUUUUGAGUUUCAUAAUACGAUUUUUUGUGCCUCUUUCUUCCUUUUGAGUUCCAUAAUAUGAUUAUUCAGUUUCCUCACUAGUAGAAACAUAGUUGUUACCCCACACAUGAAGAGAGGGAAAGAACUCAUAAGCUGUAUUAUUUCUUAGUAUAAAAAAAAACUAGUAUUUCUUAGUAUAAAUUAUUAUAAGCAGAGAAAUAAAAGGAUUUUUUUUAUCCUGAUAUCACUGUUACCCUUAAAUGGGAAAGCAAGGUGUAAUAUAAAAAAUUUAAUUGGCCUUUCCAUGAACUUUUGUUACUGUAAUUCUUGAAAACCUUUAAAGAAAACAGUUCUGUUUGCUUUCCCCAAUGAGAUGGUUACUUCCUGUAGUAUUAGCCCUGAAGCAAUGUAGUCACCAUUAUAUAUAAUUCAUUUGCAAUUAAUUUAAUUUCAGAAAGCUACAUCAGUACCUAUAGUACUUGUCAAACAGUAUAAUUUAAGACUAUAGGAAAUAUAACUAAGAUUAUAGAAGUACCAAUUUUGUUUAAAAUUCAUCAUUUCAUAAGAGUAAGCAAUAAUGUUUAAAAAAUUUCUUUUAAUUAUUUAAAGGUCUUUGUAUGGUGUUUUAAUUAAAUUGUAUCUAAUUUAUAGUCUAAGCCCUUUUAGGGAUUAUAUCUGUCUCCCAGAUGAAAAACUGUAUCUGUAAAAUUGUGACUGUGUAGCUUUGUUGAAAUAAGGUAUGUGUGAAGCUUGAAUCUGGAAUGCCCUUGCAGGCUUGUUUUGAACUGUUGGUCCCCCAACCUAUGGCUUAUUUUGAAGGCUGUGGAAUAUUUAGGAUGUUGGGCCUGGUUGGGCUCUCUGGGGUGAGCCUUUAAUGAUUAUGCAGCCUGCUGGCUUGCCUGCGGUCAGGGCACGUGAACCGCUCUGUCCAGUGCUCUCAGUGCUGCCUCCUCAGCCAUCAUAGACUGUAUCCUCUGAAACUGUGAGCCAAAAUAAACCUUUCCUCCCUUGAGUUGUUUCUGUCAAGUGCUUUGGUCAAGGCAACGAGAAAAAAUGACACUACAGAAAAAUUAGGAGAGUUGUGUCUUCUAUGUUAAUGGAGUUGCCUAACUCUUUGGAGUUACUUUAAGUGUUUCAUGAAGAGGUUGACAAGUUUACUAAUACAAUAUUGGUUACAUAUUAUACUUCAUUUACAUUAAUUAUAUAUGACAGAAUUGCUUGUUUAUGCCAAUUACAGCCGUUAAUGAAUGGGUUACUUUUUGAGGCACAGCUCAAGAGGAAACUUGUUAUAUGAAAGUUAGAACUGUAGCAGAACUUAGUAAAUUGGUGCCUUAAACUUGUAUAAGUCAGAAUGAAAGUUAAAGGUGUUUACUUCCCAAACUCUUUGGUAUUAAUGGAAUUCUUACAAAGAAAGUUUGAGUAUAGCCAAGAUAUUAUUUUUAGCAAGUAAAGAAAUUAGGACAGGGGCUGGAGAGACAGCUCCCUUAGGAGCAGCUAUUGAAUUUGAUUCCCUGAACCCAUAUGGCAACUCAUAUACUUAAAGGAACUCCAGUUAUAGGUCCCUCUUCUGGACUCCAUGGGCACCAGGCAAGUAUGCAGCGCACCUUAGAUACAGCAGGCAACCUGUAUGAGUCAUUCUGCUAUUAGCAAAUAACUAUUAGAGAUACUGUCUAGUUCUGUCAACAACUGUAAAGACACAAAUUUAGCCUUUAAGCUUUGAUGCGACAAGAACAUGCUAAAAAAAAUUUGGCAAUAAAAAACUGGGAUCCAAAUAGUGUCUCUAAGUUUCUAGUUAAACAUGAAUUCAUUUAGCAAAGAGAUCUUGUUUUCUGCCAGAGGAAAGAGGUUGAAAUAUUUUGAUUCAAAAUAUUAAUUAUACCUGUAUCACUUCCUUGUUGAGACUUUUGUUAUUCCUUGAAUGGUAGUUUUGUCUGUUGGGAUGGUACUGUUGAAGCAAGUUAAGUUUUCAGACUUGGUUGCGCA